AUGCCAUCCUCCUCGGCUGCCUCCAGCCCUUCCACCACAUGCCCAACCCUCCCCUCCAUCACCCACUCCCUCCUCCAAACAUCCCUCUCUCUCAAGCGCGACUUUCGCUUCCUCAAACUGACCGUCCGAGUGUCCAAUCCCGAUCGUUCCUCACUUGAAAUCGCCUUUGAUGAAUCCGAAACCCACAAACUCCUCCGCACCUCCCUUACCCGACUCAACUCUGCAACCCGAUGCUUCAUCCGCGAUGCCAAUAUUUUGUUGGAUGAAGAGGUAAAUCGGUCUUUUGAUGCUUACUUGCGCCGCUCGGAUUUCUACUCUGGAUUUCACAAAGAACAAGAAGAAGAAGGACAAGAAGGAGAGGAAGAAGGACAAGAAGGAGGAGAAAAGGAAGAAGGAUGGCAUGUUCUAGACAUGACUUCCGAAGAAAAAGAGACGAGAAGAGAGUUGAGGAGGGUACUUGAGGUGGUGGAGGAGUUGAGAGGGGUAUUUCUCAAGAAGGCCGGGAAGUACGUGCUGAAUGGGGUGGGAGGAAAGGUCUUUAAGGAGAAGGGUGAUGAUGGUGAUUUGGGAGAUUUGGUGGGGGUGUUGGGUAAGUUGAAUGAGGAUGGAGAUGGGGAGGACGGUAAGGGUAAAGAAGGGAAGAUGACUUCAAGUUUGGCACCUGACGAUAACAGUGUCGUCGACUGCAAUGAUACUUUUACAGUUGUCGUCACAACAGGGAUCAUCUCUCGGCAUUGGUUCCCUUUCCCACCUCCCCAUCACCAUCCAGAUGGCGAUCAGCGUCACGUUCCUACUGACGAGGUCGAUAACCUCGUUCGGCACAGCGGAAAGAACAUAAAGGCCUACCGCCCUCGGGAACAAGUCGCCGCGCUCAACGAACAUCUCAUGGAGGAGACUCAAAAGUUGAGGGAAGAGGCAAUCAAGAAGGAUCCCACACGUGCUGCAGAACUCCAUGGUAACAAGCCCUGCAAGGGCGCUCUCAUUGACAAGGAGUUGGCGGAGGAGGAUGCGGCGGAGUUGAGGAAGAAGGAGCAGAAGCUCAAGCAAGGAAUUGCUGGAGCGACCCAUUUCAAAAACAAACACCAUCACCGUAAGAAUGAGGAGGAGGAGCAGUGA